CCGCGACCCUGUUUGCUAAUGCACGCAGAGCAAUCAACGAAAUGUCUGACAAACGCAACCAGUGUUGAGCGAUUAUUUCCGCUCUUCCGCCUGUACAACCGUUAAAGAAGACGGCGAGCGCUGAUAAUGUUGCUAUUUAUUCUACACGCGCCGUGCACGCCCGGCUCGGCUUAUAACCUCUUCAGCGUGCGCGCCCCGGAGUGCAUUCGUAGGAGCACGGGCAACUUAUUGAUCGCCGGUCGACAGUGCGCCAGCGCAAGUCGACCGGCCGAACAGAAGCAUUCACGAGCCGCCCUCGGCCUUAGUGCGUUUGCCCGACGUGUCCGGCGGCCGCUGUGUUAUGCUCGUCGUCACGCCGAAGCGUCCUUAGAUGCUGCCAUUAUGUCCGGUGACAGGGAUUAUAUCGGCUUCGCGACACUGCCGGAGCAAGUGCACCGAAAAUCGGUGAAGAGGGGGUUCGAGUUCACCCUGAUGGUAUUGGGUGAGACCGGUCUUGGCAAGUCGACGCUGAUAAAUAGCCUCUUCCUCGGGGACCUGUACAAAGACCGGCGAAUCCCGGAUGCGGCAGAACGCGUGGCUAAGACCACCUCUAUCGAGAAGAAGACAAUGGAUAUAGAAGAGCGCGGCGUUCGGCUCCGCUUAACGAUCGUAGACACGCCAGGAUUCGGCGAUGCAGUAAAUUGUGAGGAUACAUGGAAGGCAUGCUCGGCUUACAUCGACGAGCAGUUUCGUCAAUAUUUCACGGACGAAAGCGGAUUAAAUAGGAAAAAUAUCCAAGACAAUAGAGUACACUGUUGCCUAUACUUUAUACCACCGUACGGACACGGCCUCCGACAACUUGAUCUCGAGGUAUUAAGGCGUUUACAUCGAAAAGUUAAUGUCGUUCCUGUGAUAGCGAAGGCAGAUACUUUAACUACUCACGAGGUGAAAAAGCUGAAGGAACGCAUUUUGGCAGAUAUCGAAGAACACGAAAUCCAGAUAUACCAAUUCCCGGAUUGCGACAGCGACGAGGACGAGGAGUUCAAGCAGCAAGAUAAGGAGUUGAAAGCCUGUAUACCGUUCGCGGUCGUCGGAAGUUCGACGGUGCUGGAGGUUGCCGGGAGAAAAGUUCGCGGCCGGCAAUAUCCGUGGGGCGUAGUGGAAGUCGAGAACCCGAAGCACAGUGACUUCGUCAAACUAAGGACGAUGCUAAUAUCGACGCACAUGCAGGAUCUAAAGGACGUUACGCAAGACGUUCACUACGAGAAUUUUCGAGCCCAAUGUAUUUCACAAAUUUCGCAGCAAGCGAUCCGGGAACGGAGGUAUUUACGCAUUAAACUAAAAAGAGAUUCUGGACCACAUUUCGAGAACAGUAUUUCUGACACGGACAGACUCCUUUUGCAGAAGGACGAAGAGAUACGAAGGAUGCAAGAUAUCCUGGCGCAAAUGCAAGAAAAGCUCAAAGCAACCGGUCAAGUCGGCGGUGGUGGCGGAUUGAGAGGCCGUGUGGGCAGUCUCGGCAAUGAUUUGGAUUCCGCGGAUGUGGAAAAAAAACGGAACAGUAUUAUAGACGUGUGAAGCGUAGAUUAUUUUUGAAACAUAUUCAAAAUAGAAAUUUUUACUCCCGUGAGGUCUGUACAUUUCGUUCAAUUUUGGUCUCUCUUAAUAUAUUAUGUAGAGCAUAGAAUUUUCGAAUUUUAAAUUAUCGAUUAUGUCGCUAUGAAUUUAUGAUCG